UUAAAAUAUUUGACGUUUCAGGUUGUAAAUAAAAACAAACAUUUCUAUUAUUAUAAAGUAAUUUAUAUGUUACGUUAAGUAUAUAAUUCGAUUUUAAGUUUAAAAUACAAAAACUUGACACCAUGGACGAAAUGGUACCGGUUUUCGAUACCGAGAACGAUCUCUUCAGUUUCGAAAGCGAUCAUUUAGCAUUGAGAGGCAAUAAAGACUACUGCGAUGUGUUAAAAACUCUCGUAAUUUUGACUGCUCAAAGAGAACAAGCUCUAAAGGAUUUUAAAGUAGUAUCGGACGCUAAAAAUGAGGCACUAAAAAAUCCGAUUGCUGCUGUCGAAAAGUUGAAAAAAGAAGGUAAUUUGGGAAUUCCUCCCUUGUUAGUCUUACCCAAGCUUCCAAAAAUAGACUUUCAAAAGUUCACUGUCAAAGUGCCCGAAAGUGAGAUCUUAGACAUUUACAGUUCUUCGGCACAAGUUGCUGACAAAAAGCUUGAACUGAAAAGUAAUAAUAACAGCAGGGCAUGGAGCUUGGAAGAGCAAAAGCGUUUGGAGGAGUUGCUGCAAAUUUACCCUCCGGAACCCAUCGAAAUGAGAAGAUACCAAAAAAUCGCCAAAGCUCUUGGUAACAGGACAGUUCAACAAGUGUCUAGUAGAUUACAAAAGUAUUUUUUGAAGUUGUAUAGGGCAGGUUUGCCUGUACCAGGCAGAAUACCAAAGUCAUGUGAAAAACACAAGAAAUCGAAUCUUCAUAAGCAUCAACGCCAUAACCACUAUUUAUGGAAACCCACAACAUUUUUUCCAGAAUUAAAUGUGCCUGUUCAAAUGGAGAACAUGGAUAACAUUCCUGGACCUAGCAAUAUGUCUCCUCAUACAGAAUAUCCAAACCAAGCUACGUCUGAGAAUUAUCUGAUGAGAACUGAUUAUCAUCAUAACGAUGAAAAUGAAUCGGUUGGAGAGAAUUGUCAAGAAUUACAGAUCAACUUGUUAAAGAGGGUGAGACAGGAAAAAUCAAAGGAAGAUUCUGCAGAUUAUAUGCCUUUUAGUCAUGCAGGAUAUAAGUGUGAUUACUGCGAAGAAGAUCCAAUCAUAGGCUCCAGGUGGCACUGCAUUGUGUGUCCGGAUUCAGUAGAUUACUGUACCGACUGCGUACUGUCCCAGUUGUACUCGGAAAACCCGCAUCCGCUCAGCCAUUGGCUGGCGAUAUAUACGGACGAUUCAGAAAAUUAUUCGCUUCCGGAAAAUUUUUCUGAGUCAAACAAUUCGGAGAAUAAAACUGAAGGCUUUGACAUGACCAGUGACGAUGAUGAUACAUCCAGUUAAAAAUAAUAAAACAAAUUCUAUCUAGGUGUCAAUAAAAUAUUUAU